AUGGUUUGGCUAGUGGACGCGUACAACAUCUCUCAUUCCUCAUCAAGUAGCCCUUUCAAGUUGUUGAAGUCCUAUUCAAGAGAUUUCAUUCCCAUCGUAGGGACGUUCACGUCUUCAUCCACCGCUAAGGUGGCGGCGAAGGAAAAGGAUAAGGUGGAGUCGGACCGUGGCAGUUGUGGCGGUUUGAAUUGCUUAGAAGUGAAUGAAUCGUCGAGGGCUCAUUGGUCGCAGCCGGUGGCGGCUGAAGAGAAAGGUGAUCCAGCGACGAAACACAAACGGACCGCCUCUGAUCUCACCUGUGAGCCAUUGAUGUGUUUUUUCUGCUUGUAUGCAAUACUUGUUGGCCAUUUGGAGCCGAUGGAGAAUGUGUUUUGUGUGCUAUUGUUGAACCGGAAGUUAUUCCGCUGUCCACUCAGUCGAUUACUGAGUUUCUAUAUCUGA